ACGGAAGAAAAACGAUUUUCUUGAUUCAUUUGUCAAUAUUCGAAACAAUUGGUAUAGGUUCCAGCUGCUGUCAGUGGAUAUAUGAAUACAAGAAGAAAAUAAGGACUUACAACUCCCAAGAAGAAAGUGGUUUAUGAGGGUAUGGAGUAUUCCACAAUUAUGGUGUUGACCCUGAUGAGAGUGGUCAUGGGGUACAGCACGUUACCCCCACGCGACGCCUGUUAUACAAUGGUCCCAUCUCAUGGAGUCUCUGCACAGACUGGUGCCAACCCGUACCAGAUUGUUAUGUCCAAGGAUACUUAUUCUCCAUCAGAAACAAUUCAAGUCUCAUUACAAGGCAUCGCAUCUGGUACGCAGUUCCGGGGAUUCAUGAUACAGAUUCGUUCUAUAUAUGCAUCUUAUUACGCGCCGUUAGGAUCAUUUGCAGCACAGGCUGGUGUGGGAAAUCCUUGUGAUUGGGCCGCCGCCACGCACCAACAGACUGGCCAAGUUGACAAACCGUUCAUCAACCUUACUUGGACCGCACCGGACAAAAAUGUUGGAAGCAUCUUGUUUUUGUACACUGUUGUGCAGAACGCGGAUACGUUUUGGGUAAAUGAGCCGUCAUCGAUUUUGGAAUACUUAGAUAAGAUCAACAAGCCUAUCGGCUGCGGGAGCACAGUGAGCUGCAUAAUGCCACGAAACUGCUCACAAAACUGUCAGUACAGCGUCCAGUGGAGGCCGACCAAGAACAACACCGUGGUGGAAUUUGAAGUGAAGAGAAAGACGUCGUCACCCAAUUACUACAUGGCUCUGGGAUUUUCAGAAGACCUUCAGAUGGGCCAUGAUAGUGUGACAGAAUGUGUGACAUUUAAUGGAGUACCAAAAACACUCUCCUCGUAUAACACUGAGUACGGACGAUACAAAAACAACACGAAUCUUGCUGUGGAGACGUUUGGCGUUACAAUGUUGAUUGGCGAUUACAUAAACGGUGUACUCACUUGUAAAUUUGAGAGAAGGGUCAGCGUUCUCUCAGGUGCACCAUUACGAAGCGAGGACAGUCGUUUCUUUGAUCUUAGCUACCCAUAUUUUCUUCUAAUUGCUCAUGGCAAUGCGUAUGCCGGAAACAUUUAUAUGCAUUCUGAGCAACCUGACAUUUACUCCGCUGAGAAGAUCGACUUCCUAGGCGGAGCCAAGCUUUAUGAUUGGACGACUAAAACACAGCCCGUUCCGGACACACAAACAGGGAAAAUUUCUCGUCCUUCAGACUGUGGUAAAGUUUAUAGCUGCUUUCACGAUGGCUGCAAGGGAGGCAACUGUGACUUCAUGCUGACCUGGAAGGAAACUGGGGAUGACAUUCUAUUCUCCCUUGCCUGCAAAAGACCUCAGAAUGCCUAUUGUGCAAUAGGGCUGUCCAAGGAUAAGAAAAUGGGUGACGACAGUGUUUUUGAAUGUGUCGCAUAUGGUGACAAAGUUAGUGUGUUCUCGUCCUACAAUGAUGGGCGCAGUAACAGCCGUCUGGAGCAGCCACAAUUUGGUUUAACUGAUGUGAUGACAUCCUCAAAAGACGGAGUCAUUAUAUGCAAGUUUAAAAGGAAAAAAGUCGCCCAAUCUAACAUUGGGCGUAAGAAGCGGGCCGCGGAGGGGCCGACCGAUUUCUUUAACCUAAAUGAAGACUUUACAUUGUUCUAUGCUUAUGGAUCGGCCUCAUCAGGUUACCUUAUGAAGCACAGUGUGAACCCGCUUGUGUCAGAUCAGGUCGCGGACUUUCAGGCUAUUCAGGAAAUAGGGGGCACACGUACGAACAUUAUUCCAGUCCAUAAAGACAUGGAUGAUUACUGUGGGUCGCGCAUCACACUUAACGAUGAUCAUCAACUUGCACUUCAAUUUGCCUACGACUAUGAGUGUAAGGUUACAAUAGAAACAACACGCCAGUUUCCGAUGAUGAUGCUGUAUUUCAAAAGUUUUUCAGUGAGCUGCUUGAACGGAAAUGUCACCAUAAGGAAUCAAUAUGGACGGCCACCAGAUGGUUUACCGGAAGCCCUAUGCGGUAACGUUCCUUCCAGCAAAAUGUACACAAGCGAUGGAGCAGUCAAGAUAAAAUACAACCCCCAAAAAAUCGGAUGGACUUACGGUUCCUUCUUCACUUUGAUCAUAACACUGUAUUCGGAUUCAGGAACGUGCCCAAGCUGGGGCCACGUUUGCGACAACGGGUGGUGCAUCGAUGCGGUUUUAAAAUGCAAUGGCUACAAUUCUUGCGGUAACAAGUCCGGGUGUUUGUUGGACAGCAGCGACUUAAAUCGCCCCUCAUCUGGAGAAAAAAUUGGUGCAAAAAGUGAUGGCAUUGUUGUUGGCGUUGUCGCCGUCGUUGCCGUUGGCGUUGCCGCCACCGUUUUCACGACCACAUUUAUCUGUUGCAGAAGAAGAGCCACCAGAACACCCGCACAGCUAACCCGACCUACAGCGCCUCAGAUGCAUGAUGUUGACGCAACAGCUCCCAAUCCUGGCCAUUUUGACCAAGGGUUUUUGAUCGAGAAUUCCGGCAUACUUAUGCAACGUACAACAGCGAAUUACUCGCAAGUGACGCUGUCGUAUGAACAGCCACCACCCCCGUAUAAUCCUUCAUGGGCACCGAAAGUAAUAAAACCGGAAGGUCAACAUGCUUCUCAAAUGAGGCAUAAUGCAGAAGCAAAUGAACAGCCACCACCCCCGUAUAAUCCUUCAUGGGCACUGAAAGGAAUGAAACCGGAAGGUCAACAUGCUUCUCAAAUGAGGCUUUAUGUACAAGCUAAUGUUAACGAGGCCAUAGAAACAGAAGGAACGAACGCACAAGACUCGUUUAUGACAAUAUAGCUAUUGAACAGUCUGAAGUGCAUUACAGUACCCUUGCUGGUGCAACAGGUCAUGUUUAUCAACGUUAGGGACGCUCAACAUUUACGUAUAUUGAACGUCAAACAAAUAAUCAGCGUUUUGAAAUAAAAUGGUUUAUAUCUUUUUGACUUAAUAAAAACAAUAACAUUUUGUGUUCGCUGAUAAAAAAUAUGUUGUGCUAUUCAUUUGAAGAAUAAAGUUAUAUAAGCAGUUAUUAAAAUAAAUGCACGUUUGUUUUAUUGAAUAUGCAUAUAUAUUAGUAUAUUAAAGAAGGAGAAUUUCUUGUGACAAGCAUUACUAACAACACGCCCAUUGCUCUUAAUGUGGCUCUUUUAAUGUCGAUGUUAACAAAUAAAUGUACGGUUGCCUGUAGUAAUAUUCAGAUUUUAAGCUGAAUCUUGUUGAAGCAACAACCAUCCUUAGUUUUACAUAAAAACAUUAUGAAAUAUGCAUCUUAUUGAAUGUUCUAUUUUUUGCCUACAAUUCUAACACGGCACGUGACUUGUUUUUUAUAGACAAAGAAGGAAAUCAAGUGUGGGUUAUUCUGCAAUAACUUAUAAGCGGAGCUUAAUGUUUCGAAAAUAGUUCCAAAUAAAUAAAGAAAAUAUUGCAGUAAAAUGCACGUGCUAAAACCCGCUCUAAAAGAAAUGUAAUAAAUGUAGCAUGUAUAUAAAUGUAAUGAAACAAUAAAUUGUAUAUCUGGUGAUAAGUGGCAUAACCACGUCUACAAAGAAUGUUAUUUGUUAGGAAACGUAAUUCAGAAAACCUUUAUAGCAUAUCAGCUUUUCAGUAGCAUCAAUAAACAUGACGUUAUUAAGUUUC